AUGACUUGUACAAUUGAACGGAUGAACAUCCCAGUCCCCGGAAUUCCGGAAAAUACUAUUAUACAUCAAUCUAGGAGAACUAGGAUUUUUGGCAGGCUGCCGAAACGGUUCAUUAGAACGUUAGCAGCACAAUAUCAGGGUAAAUUGGGAUCUUUGGAUGAGUUGUCCUUGAGUUGCGUAGCUACAAUAUACCGCGAAGCCCGGGUACGACCUCAAAUGUCUCGGUCGAAAUUAGCGUAUAAACGUUGGGAUCCAGCAAUUUUAAUGGGAAAUUCUGGCAGUACAAAUAUUCCUGGUGGUGGUACCGAAGGUUAUCACGUAUUGCGAGUGCAAGACAAUUCACCUGGACAAGCUGCUGGACUGGAGCCAUUUUUCGAUUUUAUCGUUUGUAUUGGAAACACACGGCUGGAUUCAGAUAAUGAUACUUUAAAGGACAUCUUAAAACAGCAUGUGGAACGAUCGUUAGAACUAACUGUUUAUAAUAGCAAAACUCAAACAGUUCGACAAACACAAAUUACGCCAUCACAAAUGUGGGGUGGUCAGGGACUGCUCGGUAUUUCAAUUCGGUUCUGCUCAUUUGAGGGAGCGCGUGAAAAUGUUUGGCAUGUUGUGCAAGUUCAGCCCAAUUCACCGGCCGAAAUUGCUGGUUUACAAUCUAAUUUGGAUUAUAUACUUGGAGCAGAAUCUGUUCUAAACCAGGCUGAUGAUCUUAUUGCCCACUUACAAGCAAACGAGGGGAAACCCAUCAAAUUGUAUGUUUAUAAUACGGCGAGUGAUUCUGUACGAGAGGUCUCGCUUACGCCUAACUCAGCUUGGGGUGGUGAAGGAUGCUUGGGAUGUGAUAUUGGUUAUGGCUAUUUGCAUCGCAUACCGGGUGAUCGACGUGGUCCACUGAAAGGCGAGGAAAUUGCCGAAAUGCUUCAACAGCAGUUAAAUGGUGCUGAUUCAUCAGAUGCCGUGCCAUUCACGAAUACUGAUAAUUCGUGCCAUUCUGGGCCUUCUACUACCGCAAACACUGCCAUCAAUAUCCCUCAGCCAGGCAGUACAGGUAUUCCACAAAUUGAUUCAAUACAAGUUGCUACAAAAUUCCCUGAUCCAAGUUCAUUUAUGCCACCAAUUCUGAGACAGCCAGCAGUAUCUACUAACGCAACAGUAGUAGGUGUGACUGGAGUAAGUGGUCCUUAUCCAAGCGAGGUAUGUUCUACAGAAUUUUCACCACCGAUGCAGUCUAUCAUGGAACAACCAUUAGCUACUAGUAAUACCAAAAUGAGUGUUAUACCACCGCCUUCAACGGCAUUUCCAACCCUUGAGUUGUCGACAUCUCUUGGAACUGAACAGCCGUACUCUGUUCAAAAUAAUGGCGCAAAUUAUGCAAAUGCAAAUCAAGAAGUUCAGCAACAACAACAAAAUUUCACAGGAGAUUCAGUGGAUACGGAGCAGUAUGGUGGAACAUCGGUAUCUAUUCCUCAACAAUCAUAUUAUUUAUCACAGCAACAGCAGCACAUGCAUGAUCCACAAUAUCCACCACAGCCUCCUGUUUAUAACCCUUCGUCUUCGUCUUCUCAAUCAAUGGUAGCGGGUAUAGUACCUCAGAUGUUUUCAAAUUUGCCGCUUCAGCAGCAGCAACAAGGAUCAUACCCAAUCCCACCGUUGCCCCCACAAAUAUCAGCAUCUCCUGCAGUUCCGUUUACAAGUUCUUCACAGUUUUCGGGUUUGAAUUUCCCAAUGCCGCCAUUAAGUACAAUAGGUAUUACACAUCUAGCGCCCCCACCAACCACAAUAUCUUUUGGUUUACCGACACCAUCUACGGUACCGUACGGACAACAGCAACAAUCAGAAAUGAAUACUUACUCGGCGACGAACCCAACUUUUAAAACAGGUUUCCAGAUGGCUGGAAAUAAUCAACUCGGUUUACCACCACAGGUGCCAACAACGUAUUCUCAAUAAUAAUUCUGGCCGGUUAAUGCG